AUGGCUUGUUUUAAUCCCCUUGUUCCUCUUAAAAAAAUUUUCCGAAAAAAGGAUGUUAAAAUAUCAAAACCCAAACCUACUGCGUUACCUUUAAUUCCACCCGAUUUUGACGAUGAAGAAACAAAUACCACAGAAAAAGUUUCAAAAAUGCUAAUGAAGGCCGAUGACCUAAUUUUAAAUCAUAAAUAUAAAGAAUAUGUUGAAUUACUUGAACAAAUAGUUCAAAUGGGCUCGGCAAAAGCAGCAGCAAAACUUGGUGUAGUUCAUCAUACCGGCCUCAUGUCAAUCGUUCCACAAGAUUAUGCAAUUGCUUGCGCAUAUUACUUUAGCGCUCUAAAAUUUAUUUACAUGAUAUCUUGUAACCAGUGGGAGAUGAAGCUCCUACUGGAUAUAAUCGCCGGUCUGUCUGAUAUCUAUAGGUUCCAUAUGAAUCGUGAAAGAGACCGGGAAAUUUGGGAUUCUGGUAUAAAUGCAAUGGAACAUAUCCAUCAAAUUUUACAAGACCCCUUAUGUACAAAAUUUUUAACACAUCAAGACAUUCAAAAGAGACGUGCAGUUCGAGUUCAUAUCACGUAUGUUCUUGGACUUACUGCCGAAGCUGAUAAAGAUUAUUCUCAAGCUCUUGAAUACUUUACCAUGUGUAAAAGAUUUGGUGAAAGCGGAUUUGCUACAGCUGACAAAUUAGUUAAAAAGGCACAAUCUAAAAUUAAAAAUUUGGAACCAAGAGUUCCCCGAGUAAAACCGAUUUGUGUUGAAUGCGGUCAUGAACCAGAGAAUAAAAACGAAUUAUGGGGAUUCUUAGUUUGUCCGAAAUGCUUAUCAGCUGCUUGCUGCUCUUCACAAUGUCUUCAAAAUCAUCGCAAUUCGAAACAUGAAAAAUGA